AUGUGCGAAGCGGAGCGAGCCUGCCGGCUAAAGCUGAAGUUUCAGCCCGGAGCAAGGAAGGAAUUUUGUUUGGUUUAUGAAGUGUCUUAUUCGUCCCCUGAUCCUCGAGUGUCAUGUAGUAACCGUUCCUCUCGUGGCAAACUUAGAAGCAUGAUGGCCGCGGCUCUGGAGACGCAGGAGCGGGCUUCCAGUUCAUUCGUUCUUUAUCGUCCCCACCAACCGCUGAUACCAGCGCUCAGCGAUCGGUUCCGUGACGGAAACAGAAACCACUGGUUAGCCAGAAAAGAACUGGAUACAGAGAAGAAGAGGCUGAGAAACUGUUGGAGGGUCUAGACCUCUAGGAAAGAGGUCCUGAGCUCCGAAAAAGCGGCCCGGGUUGAGAAGGCAUCCAACUACUGCACAGGUUCAGAUCAAUGGAAGAAAAGAGCAGCAAAACUUGAACUGAAUGAAACCCAAAAGCAAGAAAUUAAAGAGGCCUUUGAUUUAUUUGAUGUUGAUGGGUCUGGAACCAUAGAUGUGAAAGAACUGAAGAUUGCCAUGCAAGCCUUAGGAUUUGAUCCAAAGAAAGAAGAAAUUAAAAAAAUGAUAUCUGAAAUCGACAAAGAAGGAAUUGGCACCAUUACUUUUGAAGAUUUUUUUGCCAUAAUGAGUGUAAAAAUGAGUGAAAAAAAUGAAAAAGAAGAAAUACUGAAGGCUUUCAAAUUAUUCGAUGAUGAUGAUACUGGAAGCAUAACACUAAACAAUAUCAAGAGGGUUGCUAAGGAAUUGGGGGAAAAUUUAACAGAUGAUGAACUUAAGGAAAUGCUUGAUGAAGCUGAUCGUGAUAGGGAUGGAGAGAUAAAUGAGGAAGAAUUUUUGAGAAUGAUGAAAAGGACCACUCUUUAUUAAUACUUUUUUUUAUUCCUUCUGGAAAGUUGUUAACAACUUCGUAUUUGCUAUAUGGUUCUAUCAUAUCUGAUGUAUUUUCAAUUUUUAGUUUAUAUGCACAGAUUGGUCUCUUGAUGUCUAAUCCAUGUGAGAAGUUUCAUGUUUCUACCAAUCUUUUGUUAAAUCCAUAGCAUCAAGAAACAAAAUGUAAUGAUUUCUGUGAACCAUGGAUCCCAAACCAGUAUUAAUUCCAACUGCUACUUUUAGAGCUCUAGGGUCUAAAGACUUAGAAUUUUUUUAAGUUUAAUGAAACUGACCCCACAUCCAAAUGAAUUUUGCAAACCAAUUAAUUUCCCUAUUAUUUUCCUUUUGUGCAACUCUUUAAAUCUGAUAAAUAUUUGCUUUUUAAUCAGUUAUUCAGAUAUGUUAAGUAUUAAAUAAAAUUGCCUAGCACUAUAUUAUUUGCUACUUUUUCUCUUAUAAAGAAAUUCAAAGCAGCACUGUACUAUGUAGAUUUUCCUAUAAGUUUGACCCCUCACGUGAGCAUUUAAUACCUCUGCAUGGGAGGUGCUAGGGAUUUUACACAUGUUAUCUCAGUGUUACAACUUAGAAGCUGGUAGUAUUAGCUCCAUUUUACUACAUAGGAGAAAACUAAAGUUCAGAGAACUUAAAAAUUGCCCAGUUGUUCAUAGAUAAUAAAUAAAAC